CUACAUGUCAGCUGUUGCAUACAGAGACGACUUUCACUUAAAAGUAGGCAUCUGACAUUUGUUCUAGCCCAAUCCCGUCCUCUGCUGUGUGUAGGUCAUGGAUACAUCGGCCCAUAUCACUCCUAUGGACGAUGAGGCUACCAGGACAUCGGCCUCUGAAGGUCUGGAGGAAGGGGAAGUGGAAGGUGAGACUCUGUUGCUGGUCGAGUCUGAAGAUCAGGCUUCUAUAGACUUGUCUCAUGAUCAGAGUGGAGAUUCUUUAAACAGCGAUGUUGGCGAUGAGGUAGACCCACCAUGGAUGGAAGAAAUGCCUUUUCACUGUGACAAGUGUCAGAAAUGGAUCCCAGCAAGCCAGCUUAGAGAUGACCCACCAAGUCAUCUGAAAGGGGACAACUUCUUCAAAUUUACGUGCACUGACUGUGCCGAAGACGGCAAAGAGCAGUUUGAGCGCUUAAGGCUGACUUGGCAGCAGGUGGUUAUGCUGGCCAUGUACAAUCUGUCUCUGGAAGGAUCUGGCCGCCAGGGUUAUUUUAGAUGGAAGGAAGACAUCUGCUUAUUCAUAGAGAAACACUGGAACUUCUUGUUGGGAAGCAGGAAGAAGACCUCCACCUGGUGGAGCACUGUUGCUGGCUGUCUGUCUGUGGGAAGCCCCAUGUUCUUCCGAUCUGGAGCUCAGGAGUUUGGAGAGCCAGGCUGGUGGAAGCUAGUUCAUAACAAACCUCCAGCCCUGAAACCUGAGGUUCCUGGCAAGUCUAACCUGGACCCAGUGAUUACAGUGGAGGGCCUACGGAAGAGAUCUAGAGGAAACCCAGUGGAGGCCGCUAUAGAGCUGAAGGAGAAACGAUCACGCACACAAGAAGCAAAGGACAUCAGGAAAGCCCAGAAAGAAGCCAGCAGCUUUGGUGAUCGGAGCACAUCAUCCACUCCUGUGAAGUUUUCCAGCCGAAACCGCAGGCCAGAUAUUGUGCUCGAGAAAGGGGAAGUCAUAGACUUUUCAUCCAUGAGCUCUUCAGAUCGGACACCCAUGACUAGUCCCUCUCCUUCUCCAUCUCUGGAUUUCUCAGCUCCUGGGACACCAGCAUCUCACUCAGCUACUCCAAGCCUGCUUUCAGAAGCUGAUCUAAUCCCCGAUGUCAUGCCACCCCAAGCUUUGUUUCAUGAUGAUGAAGAGAUGGAUGCUGAUGGUGUCAUUGAUCCUGGAAUGGAAUACAUUCCUUCUCCAAAUGCUCUUCAUUCUACUCCUAUUAGUCGAAAGAACUACAAGUCAUCUGUCCAUGUGAAACAAGAAAUCGAGAGCGAGGAGGAAAGAAUGGAGAGGUUAGAGGCUGAAUUGCAUGAGGGUCCAUCCAUCGAGAGAAUGCGGGACAAGAGGAGACCACAACCAAUUGGGAGAGACAGAAGAGGCACUCAGUUCCACGCUAUAAGCAUGUAUGAGGAAAAGUUGCUGUUAAAACACCUUGAGGCUUGUCCUAAUGCGGUAGCUGUGACUCCAGAGGCCAGGAGACUGAGACAGAAACUGCUGGUGCGCAAGACCAAGCGGGAAAGGGGGCUGCCUAUUUUUGAACUGGACCAGGCAGUGAAUGCAGCUUUGUCGCUGGUCGGAGGAGUAUAUGGAGCUAGAGAAGGCUGUGUUUCUAGGCCAUUACCCACUGGUCCAGAGUACACCCGAACAAGCAAAGACACAAGAAUAUUGGAUCGAUACCAAGUAAGUUCCAUCCUGGUCAUGUGGAUUUUGACAAACCAAUCAGUUUGUCUGCUCACAAGAGCUGAAUGA